AUGAAAGAGCCUUUCAAAACCUCACAAGAGCAUAUUACAUUAGAGACUAAGUACAAGAGGCCUUUUUCCAAAAGGAUUUCAAAGCCCGGGCGGCGGUCCCAGCGCCCCGACCCGCAGCCACGCACCCCCCGCGCACGGGAGAACCGGAGGGAUGGGUGCGGGGCUGCCCUCUCGCCCCGUGCGCCCCAGAGACCCCCCGAGUCCGCAGCCUGUACCCUCCAGACACCCCCACGGAGGGUCGCAAAACACCACCGCUACCAGCCGCCCCGUGCGCCCCAAUCCCACCCCACCAAGCUCCCCGGGCACCGAACUCCCGCCCCUGCUCGGCUGCUCCAUCCUUCCGUAGCACCGUGCCGGAGGGACAAAGAGGACCGCAGGCUCACCCGCCACCGCUCUCUCCUCGCAGGCCCAACCAUGGUGGAGCCCCCAGCAGAACCCCCCGCGCAGCCCUGUCCCGCACCCGGCGGGGCGACAGCGGCGACGCCGGGGGAGACGUCCCGACCCGGUGAGCAGUCCCCGCUGCUGCACCUGGACCUGUAUAACUUUGACUGCGCGGCGGCGGAGGGCAGCCGGUACGUGCUGACCAGCCCCCGCUCCCUGGAGGCAUGCGCCCGCUGCGCCGUGCGGCCGGUGGAGCUGCUGCCGCGGGCGCUGGGCGAGCUGCUGCGCGAGGCUCCCGGGCGCUCCAUGAGGGUGGCCACCGGCCUCUACGAGGCCUACGAGCGGGAGCGCCGCCGCAAGCUGCAGCAGUGCCGCGAGGAGCGGGAGAGGAUUAUCCGCGAGGAGAAGCGGCGCAUCCUCGCUCCGCUCGGCAGCCUGCCUCCCUCGCCCGCCGCCCGCCUCGCCCCACGGGCUGCCGCCAGCGCCGCUGUGCCCCGUGCCGUGGGGAAGGCUGGGGCGUCAGGAGGCGCCAAGGCCAAGAGCCACUCCCUGGACUCGCUGCAAAAGCGUCGGGAGGGCAGCUGGGGCAAGACCUCCUCGGAGUCGGGAGCGUCGUCCUCAUACAGUGGGGAGAGCCUGCGGGGGCUGGGGGGCAAGGCGCGCGGCCGGGGCCGGGUGGCCGACGGCUCCCUGCUGGGGCGCAGCUUCAGCCUGGGUGACCUCAGCCACUCACCGCAGACCGCCCAGAGGGUGGAGAGGAUCGUCAGGGAGGUGAAGAGGAAGAAGGGCCUCUCAGAGGUGCCUGAGAGGGACAAGAAGAUCGCGGCGCUGAUGAUCGCCAAGCACCAGGAGGCCAGCCUCCUGCAGGAGCAGCGGCAGGCGGCCCAUCUGCAGUGGGACAGCCAACGGCGCCUGGCGGAGCAGCGGAAGGAGCAGGAGGAGAAGGAGAAGCAGAAGGCCCUCCUGCAGGGCCAGCGGAUGUGGGAGAGCCAGGUGGAGAAGCGGCGGGGAAAACUGAGCCAGGAGCAGCAGGAGGUUGCCCUGCUGAAGCAGAAGCAGAGGCAGGUAUGUGAGGAGAGGUGGCGGGAGCAGGCGGAGAAGCAGGAGCGGCUGCGGAGGGAGAAGCUGGAAAGAGCCGUCCAGGAAGACAAGCAGAAGAAGCUCCAUCAAGAGCACAAUCUGAAGGUGAAGGAGGAUAGCAAGAAGGAGCAGCGGGAGCGAGAGGAACAGAUCCUGCAGGAGAAGCUGUCCACAGCUGCGCAGAAAAGGCAGAGGAAGGAGGUGCGGCUGCAGAAGGAGAGGAAGCAGCUCAACCAAGCAGAGAAGCUGAAGCACGAGACUUUGCUCAAGGAACUGGCCAAGCAAGAGGCAGAAGAGAAGGAAAUGCUGAAGGCCUCCCUGGAGAUGAGCUUGUCCAAGGCUCAGGAGAACUAUGAGCAGCUAGUAGAGAAGAGGAACCAGGAGCUGAGGGAGAAGGCCAGGCGGGAGGACAUGCAGAUCCAGAGAGCUAAACUGGCAGCAGAGAAGAAGGAAAGAGAGCAGAAGGAGCACUUGGAGGCCCUGGCUAAAGAGACAGAGAGGAAGCUCCAGCAUGCUGCCCAGGUGGCUGAAGAGGUGGUCCAGGAAAAAGCCCGCAGGUUGGUCUUGAGCCGUCUGGAGAAGGAGAAGGUGCAGAAGAUGAACAAGCAAAAGGUGGAACAGUAUGAGGACUUACGGCGCAGGGAGAUUCUCCUUUCUAUCGAGAGAAAACUGGAGAGGAGCGAGCAGAUCUUCAAGGAGAAGAAAACUGUCUUAGAAAAUGCCAGGUCUGUAGCUCGGGCAUCUUUCCAUGUCCGGGAAAAAGUACGGGAGGAGACCAACACGCGCACCUUUGACAAGAUGGCCUUCGAAGCAGAGCUGCAUGCCAGCCUGGAUAAGAAAUGAAAGGUCUUGCUGGGGACAUGUGAUCAGUUGUCCCUCAUAAUGCACCAGAAAGCUCCUCUGCAUUAACAGUAUUUAAAAAAAAUAAAACUAACCACCCUAAUUAAUUAUUUUGGGGGAGCAGGGUACCGCACAAAAAUGUGGCAGCUAUUUCACAUACUUUUUAAAACUUGUUUUUGUUCUGGAUGUGUUUUAAGGACUGACCUCAGUCAUCUUUACAAAGGGGAAGCAAGCUUUUGCAUCCUCUACCCCACAAGCACAGAGGGCUGCAGAAGAACUUUGCGUGAUACCUGUCAGUUACCAAUUGAUUGUCUAAACUGGAGCUGACUACAACGGCACUAUUUUUUGUUGGAAAAACAGACAAUAGAGACUAUGGGCUACUCUUAGAGCCUAUUGACAAAGAACCCAAACCAACCCAGCUGAUUUUGGUUUGAGUGACAUUCAGUGUGGUUUAAGAUACGGGAUUGCAUUUUCAAAGCUGCUGCGCACUCCGGAAGAUGAAAAUGGUUCUCUUGGAAAAGUCCUUGUGCCCCCAGGUGCGUCUCAUUCACUGCUGAUAUCAAACACUGGGGAAAGAAAGCACGGGUCAAGGCUUCACAACACCGUAUAAGCAGGCAUUACAAUCCCAGUCAGAUGGAAGCUGUUAAAACGCUCACAAUCUCUGCAGUUUCACUUCUGCUGUUUGCAGCUUUCCCCAGUAUCCUUACCCUCCUUUCCAAGUGUCUCUUACAAAGGUCCACAGAGUUUCUUCUUCCAGAGGAGAGGAAGGAAGAAUCUGUGGGCAAUCCACAAGCUGACAGUCAUCCCAACAACCCAUUUGUACAUUAAGAUGUAAAGAUUAACAAACCUGUGGAAGCUGGUCCUUGUUGCAAACAUGCAAAUGGAAAUCUGUGAACAGAUUGCAUAAAGGGGCUGAGGAAUAUCCACACUGGAAUAUUCAUGUUUGACAAGAACCCGAGCAACCUUCUCCAGCUCAGCCUGCUUUGAGCACGAGGCUGGACGAAGCAUACACCAGAGAUCUCUUCCAAACUACUGGCUGCAUGAGUUGCUUGCAAUGAGACUGUCACCCUGCUCUUACUGUUGUCUGCUGAGUAGGGCAGCUUUUAUCUAUCUGCUGGUGCUAUCAGUUGCAUUAUUAUUUUAGGGCACAAGAAAGAGGAGAUGCACAAAAUAAGGUAUGUUACAGAUUCUCUUGGGUGACGAUCACUACAUUUUUUACAACUAGCUGAAUACUAUUUUGAGGGAAACAAGACCUUUUGACAUGAAUGCACUGGAAAUGUGAAAGCCUACCUACACCCUGUGGACAGCAUUCAAGUCAGUGUUCUGUUCCAGUUCUCCAUGUUUACUCACUGCCAGGUUGAAGUUACAAACCUGCAUCCAAACCAGGCACUUUCUGUUGGUUUUUUUUCUGGCUCCAGGCAGUGCCAGCGCUGUGCUCCACCAUCCGUGAGCAUGCUGGGUUGCUGUGGUGAUAGCUGUCAAACCUGGAGCAAGGGAGAGAAGCGGCAAGAAGAGCCAGGUUCUCAUUUCCUUGCAGAUAUCUCUGACGUACAACACAGGGAAAGAGGAAACCAGAAGAAGGUGACACGGGCAUGCGGUGUCACAUGCAUAGAUCACUUACCUCUCAGAAGGCUCUAAAGAAAGUAUUAAAUGAAUAGCAACAACAGCAGUAGACCAAGCACACUCUGGUACCCUGCAAGGCUGGAGACAUUGUAAAAGAAGUGCUGGAAAUGAAGUAAUCUUGUGAAGUAAAACUUGCUGUCUUUGAAUCACAGAGUGAUUGGCGCUGUGGGGGCAGAUGGCACAAAAAGCAGGAAGUGGGACACCUGAGUUGUGUUAGCUCAGUUGUUGGCUUGAUAUGUAACAUCAGGCACGUCCUUGCAGGCUGGCCCUGCUCCUAUUGAUAUAAAAGGAAGCAGAAUCGGCCUCUUGGGAUUGAGGUGGCUCGCAGGAAAUAGUAACACACGGCUUAGCAAAGCACUCCCAGGACUUUGGAUGAAAGAUGCUAACAAAGCACAAAGUACUGAUUUAUUUAUUUGUUUGUUUGAGGUGUUACUAAAAAAAAAGCACAUCCGUUGGUGAAAAUGGUCAGGUAACACCAAAACCUAAAAAAUGCACAACUGUGGGAAGGACAACGGUGCUAGCGUUUCCAGCUAGGAGCUGUCACUUCACUCUCCUCUUUGAAACUACAAGUGAUUUGAAAAGAGAAAGCAAUCCUGCUGUCCUGCUGUACCACCAGUCAUGUUUAUGCGCUGUUUGUACUGCAGUGUGUAACGUGGUGGGCAGAUCAGUGGACACAGCUGCUGACAUUUUUUUCCCUUAACUGAAUUGCACCCUCUGAUGUUACAUUUCCAACACAGAUCAAGAAAACUUUUACAGCCCAGGAGAGGCGCUUUGGCCACUGACUGUAAUUACACCUCAAGUCCGUGUCUUGCUGCUGACUGAGUUUGACAGCUCAGGGCUACAGCCAAACUAA